GUCUUCGUGAUUAGCUUGGUCUAAUUUAAGAUGGAUGCCUAGUAGUUUGAACGAGUGAGGUCGUUGCAUGUUACCAUGUCACUUCUUAGAGUUUGUGCCGUUGUUAAAUGUCUGAAUCGUCGCAGUUUAUUUGAAAGGUGUGCUGUUGGUGUGUCUUUGGCGGGCUGCUGCCGGCUGUGUGUGUCCAUAAGAAACGAUGUACUCCGACGAAUGUCAGGGUCAUCUUUGCUAUUUCAAAGAAGAAGCAUUUCAUUUGUAAGGCCAAAGGCAGACGAGACAAAGAAACAUGUACUGGAACAGUCUCAGCUGUUAGACGUACUUGAGGCAAGGAUCCAGCAACUCCAAUCUGAUAUUGUCCAACAUGCAAAGGUGCAGUUUGUUAAAGCUCCCUCCUCUGGAAGAGGGGUUUCAUCUAUUAGGGCGACCAAAAGCACAUCUCUGGAGAAAACAGACAUUCCUAAAUCAGGAACAGCUGUUAGUAAAGGGGCAUCUACAUCCAAUCCCAGUCGCUGGUUGGAAAAAUUAACUCGGGAGAAGGAUAUCAAAAUUAAAAAACAGCAAUGCCUUCAGCAAAAAAUACAGAAAAAUGUCAAGGAGAAACCAAUAACCAGAUCUAAAGGUAACAAAACCAGCUCAAUGCUCCCAGGUACUUCACAUAAAAUUAUAAUGACCACCGCUACAAAGACUUCAGUUAAGAAGAGAAAAACGCAGAUGAAAUUAUCUGAUGAAAGUUGUGCUGCAGCAGCCACACCACAUAGAGUCUCUAAAGAGGAAUGCAAGGACUCUAGAAAUCAGCUUCUCAGUAAAGAGGGCCAAACGCAGACUGAUGCUGAUGCCCAGGGUAGGGCUAAGGAACUGGCUAAUGUGGAGGAGCUGGAGAGGAGGCUCAGUCAAAAGGUGAGCCAUUGUUCUUCAAGUAACCAAGGGCAUCCACAUCUGGACGCUGACGGAGCUGCAUGUACCGACAUCAAACUUAGAAUCCACUCUUACCUGGAGGCAUGUGUGUUUGUUGGGGACACUGACCGGGCGCACAAUUUCCUGCUUAGCCAACACAGGGUUAGGAGACGACGUAAACAUCUGGACACAAACGUCUACAACGUCAUGAUGAGGGUGUGGGCCAAGAAGGGCACAUUAAAUCAGAUCGGGCGCAUGUUUAUUCUUUUGGAAGAGGCUGGUUUGAAGCCAAAUCUGGGCUCCUAUUGUGCUGCUCUGGAAUCUAUGGGCCGCAGUCCUAACUGCUCCCCAGAAGUCAUCACAAGGUGCCUGAGGCAGAUGGAGGAGGAUGGCCUGUCUGUGGACUAUUUGUUCAGCCGAUGUGUGUUUCAACAAGAUGAGAGAGACAUGGUGCUGAAGGCCAUACGCAUCGCCCAGCCAGACUACCAGCCCAGCCUCACCUUGACUAUGAGCCAGAGCGCCCCAUUGCUCAUUCAAAACUUCUACACACAGAGGGCAGACCACCACUAUCCCAAACUGGACUUCAUUCAGGAGGAGCUCCAGGAGCGUUUCAGACAACAGCUCAGCAUAGAGCAGGCCUGCACUGUCACCAUUGACUCUGUGGAGGCUGUCAAGCCUGUCACUGAAAAUAUGGCCAAAAUGAGGGCACUACUGGCAAAGCAGCGGCCUCAGUGGCAGAAGGUCCUCCUCCAGGCCCUAAGAGAGAGCAAGAUGAUACAGGCUAACACCAACACCGAUGACUAUAGGCUUAACCUUUACCCCUACCUCUGUCUGCUGGAGGAUAAGGAGUACAUUGACAUCAUGAUACAGAGUAUUGCCAACCUGCCUCCCAAUGGAGAGUCGCUGAAGGUUUUGGCCAGGGAUUUGGGCAACAGGGUCUACACCAAGUACUCUGUGCGACAGAAAUACCAUAAUCAGAUGGUGGAAAAGUUGUGCAACAUUUACAACGCAUACACAGGCAUCCUGGCCAAAGAAACCAAGGUGUGUAACGUCCUUCCCAGGGAGCAGUGGUGUAAGCUGGAGAUAGAGCACAGCUCAGGACCCACACUGCAGGGAAAUGAAACAAGCUGGCCAUACCUAGUAACUCUGGAGCUGGGCACUUACAUGCUGGACUUGAUGAUCAAGAACCUUAAAAUCAAUAGUGACAUCCUGAAUCCGGGCUCUGACAGGAAGCUCAUCCCCAUCCUCUACCACAUGUACACCUUCCGUAGCAUUCGACAGAUCGGCUUUAUCAAGCCCCACCCUAUCCUGGCUCAGAUGCAGCAGGAAGCCAUGGAGACCAAGCUGACCUUUGACUCCUAUGUAAUGCCAAUGCUGUGCCCUCCUGUUCCGUGGACCUCCGUCAAGUUUGGAGCCUACCUGCUAACACCGACCAAACUCAUGCGCACAGUGGAUGGGGCCACCCAGCACGAGGUGCUGUUGGAGAAAUGCCAGAACCUGCAUGCAGUCAUAGACUCUCUCACCCAGCUGGGCAACUGUGCUUGGAGAGUCAACAAACCGCUGUUGGAUAUUAUUAUUUCCAUUUUUAAUGAUCGGGGUAGUGAUAGUCUAGACAUCCCUCCUCCUCUGUCAGAGGCCCCCAAAAUACCCCACUUCAACCUCCACGAUCCCACUUGUACUGCUAAUGAGAAGGCCCACAUGAAAAAAGAGGUGAUUGCUGCCAAAAAGAAAUACAAUGAGAUGCAUAGCCUGCGUAUGGAUGCUCUCUAUAAGCUCUCCAUCGCUAACCACAUGCGGGAUGAAAUUUUCUGGUUCCCUCACAGCAUGGAUUUCCGGGGUCGUACUUACCCCUGUCCUCCAUACUUUAAUCACCUGGGAAGCGAUGUGACUCGGGCCAUCCUUGUGUUUGCGGAGGGGAAGCCCCUUGGUCCCAAAGGUCUGGACUGGCUAAAGAUCCACUUAGUCAAUCUGACAGGGUUAAAGAAGAAAAGCUCCUUACAGGGACGUUUGGAAUACGCCAACACAAUCAUGGAGGACAUAUUGGACUCUGCCGACAACCCUUUGAAUGGUAAGAAGUGGUGGAUGAAUGCAGAUGAGCCUUGGCAGACUCUGGCCUGCUGCAUGGAGAUAGCCAAGGCUGUGCGAUCUCCUGAUCCAACAAAAUUCAUCUCUCAUUUUCCUGUUCAUCAGGAUGGCUCCUGUAAUGGUCUCCAGCAUUACGCCGCUCUAGGCCGAGAUGUUAUUGGUGCUAAAUCAGUCAACCUUGUGGCCUGUGACGUGCCCCAGGAUGUGUACAGUGGAGUAGCACAGCAGGUGGAGGAGCUUCGACUGCAGGAUGCCAAGAGAGGUCUGAAGAUUGCCCAGGUUCUGGAGGGCUUCAUCAGCCGGAAGGUGGUCAAACAGACUGUGAUGACUGUUGUGUAUGGUGUCACACGAUACGGGGGUCGCCUGCAGAUAGAGAAAAGACUGAAGGAGAUUGAAGAGUUCCCCAAGGAGCAUGUGUGGCAGGCAUCCCAUUACCUGGUACAACUGGUGUUCAGUGGCUUAAAAGAGAUGUUUUCAGGGACCAGAGAGAUCCAGGAUUGGCUGACAGAAAGUGCCAGGCUCAUUUCCAAGUCUGGCCAUACUGUGCAAUGGGUGACACCCCUGGGUUUACCCAUUGUUCAGCCUUACCAUCGCACACGCACCCAUAUGCUGAAGAGUGUCAUGCAACACAUCAACCUCCAGAUCAGUCAUGACUCCAAAAUGAAGCCAGACACAAUUAAACAGAAGAAUGCCUUCCCACCAAACUUCAUUCACUCUCUGGACUCCACACACAUGAUGCUCACUGCUCUCCACUGCUAUAGUGCUGGUCUGACAUUCGUCUCAGUUCAUGACUGUUUCUGGACCCACGCCCUCACUGUGGACACCAUGAACAAGGUCUGCCGAGAACAAUUUGUCGCCCUGCACAGCCAGCCAGUCCUUCAAGAGCUGUCCGACUACCUGCUACACAAAUACAUCGUUGCGCCCCCGACUGAGGCCAGGAACAAGUACCAAGAGUACAAGAAGCUGCUGCUGCUGCUGGCCAAAGUGCCCAGGACAGGUGAUUUUGAUCUCCAGCAGGUGAAAGAAUCCAUUUAUUUCUUCAGCUGAGAGACUCAUGACAGCGAGCCAGUGGAAGGAGAUGAGUAGAACUGACAGAAUGCAGCAGGGAAGCUGCAGGUCUUGACUGGCUUUGUCUCCCUCAGACAUCAGGACAUUGAUUCGGCCGCAUCCCUCCUGCCUCCCAGUCCACAGGCUGGAUGGAGCUGAUGGAGGUGAUCACACACGGCGAACCUGUCUGAUUAACUGACUAGUGGGCUGAUGGAAGGGAGUGUGGGCUACUUAUCCAGGCGAAAGAUGAGAGAAUCAGCAGUGCAUGGGAAUGUUAAGACUUCAAUCAGUGAAAUGUACCUCUUAUAAUGGAUGCUUUGACCAUAUUCAGGUAUAUGUGUGUGUGUGUGUGUGUGUGUGUGCGUGCGCGCGUCUGUUCAUAAUGUGAAUUCUGUCAUCUCUCCAUCACUCAGCAACACUUCUGCUGCUCGAUAAGACUUACAAACAGUAAUUGCCAGUGAUUGGUGAUGUGUGUCUGUAUAUGUGUGCAUGGAGUUUUUCAUGCCAUGAAGUCCUCCACCAAGCACUGAAACUGCCUCUACUACUCUCUCACCUAAUCAACAGUCCUGUCACUUGCUGGAUGACAGGAUGCUCUCUGACACCAUGUUCUAACAUUUCAAUUUUUUUCUGAAAAAAGAGAUUAGAGAAGAAAGGAUGACUCAAAGAGAAAUGUGGAAGGAUGAGUGAAGAAAGCAUUGUGUCCAUGAUUCUUACUCUCUUGGAGUGAAUGAGCACAUGACAGUUACCCCUAAAAUAAAUGUUUCUUAUAGCCUCUCCUUACUCAUUUAAUGGUUUAAAGAAAUAGCUGGUAUUCUUAUUGCUUAAAUGGGAUGAAUGAGGCAGUCUGCUCUUUAGUUAUCUGCAUAUUUCAGUCCUAUUGUGUAUCAUGUGAUGAAGGCCUCCAUUUAGAUGCACCAAAAAAGGGGUUGCGAGCUUCACUAAUAAACUCAGAUCUUAUUCUUCUGAGCCAGUGCCACAUCUAGAAGUAAAAAUAUCAGAAGUGCUAUCUGCUCAUUCCUGGAGCAACACUUUCAGACAAAAGGUGCUGUUGAUGUCCAAAGGCAAAUGUAGGCUUAGCCAAACAAAGCUGGCUGAGUGACAAUAUAAUGAAAUGAAAUCAUUUUCAAGGGGGCAUAAAUAGUGCAGUGAUUAGACAGUAGGCUCUCAGAUUUGCACUGAAACAAUUACAUGGAGGUGCUUUUCAUAUUUUUAGACAACUUCCAAAUUUGACUUGCUAUUUUAGGAAUACUGAAGCUUCAUAAUGAACAUAAUGAAAGUGAAAUUUAAAGUGAACUGUUCUAAUGCUUGGUGUGCUCUCUGUGGGAGCCAUCCAUUAAUAUUGCCAAACUACAAGAAUAUUCACACAUCCUGAAUAAAAAUUGGAUAUUGGAGGUUGAAGGGUUUGUGCUUACUCAUCUGAUUAGCAUUGGCUACAUAAACCUGAUUCCUGUCUGUGUUUACAGACAUUUCAAAAGAAAGCGGGCCUUUAAUGGCACUAGAAGACAAUAACUUACACUGUGUGCACAAUUAUUAGGCAAGUUGUAUUUUAGAGGAUUAAAUUUAUUAUUGAACUACAGUGCUCUUGG